AUGGUCUGCCUCGGUGUUUCAGUGGAAAUCAUCACUAUGACGAGCGGCAAAACCUGCGUCCUCUGCGACGGUUUCACAUUCUUCCAUAGGUACGACGUGAAGAACAGGGGGGAGAAGUGGUGCUGCACCAAGUUCCCGAAGUGCAAGGCGCAUCUGUUCAUCAGGGACAAAAUGGUACGGGAGAGCUCGCUCGACCACACCCACAUGAAGAGCGACAUGUACAAGUGCUCCGAUGGCAGGUGCAAGGCCUAUCUUUGCGUGGACGAUCACUUCGCCCUUAACGACGGCGUAACCGAGCACAACGGUCACACGAAAAGGCGACUGAUCCUUCGCCCGAGCGCCCAACUUAUAACAAUGCUGAAUGGGAAGAGCGUCGUCUUGCACAACGGCUACACCUUCUACAAGCGCUACAGGAUGAAGCUCUACGGGAAGUGGAGCUGCACCAGUUUCCCCAAUUGCAAGGCGCAACUGAACAUCGACGACAACAUGAUCAUCCGCGGGGGCGACGUGACGCACAACCACCCGCCCAGGAAGCUCGUCCUCACUCACAGCGGCAGAUACAUAAGGAUU